ACACACACACUGUUAAGGAAUCCAAUAACAAAUCUGAAAUAUCUAGUAAAAAAUAAUUGACAUUGUAAAUAUUACUAUGUGAUUACAAUUUACUAUUUACGAAUGCAUUACAAAUUAUCAUGUCAUUAGAGAACGCUCCGGUCUCGGUUAAAGUGGUAGUUUUAGGCGAUAUUGGUAGAAGUCCACGUAUGCAAUAUCAUGCCCUGUCUCUGGCGAGUUCGGGAAUAAAAGUGAAUAUCAUAAGUUAUAUGGAAACUAAGCCUUUGUAUGAUGUUGAGCAAAAUGCCAAUAUUAAAAUAACAAAAUUACAUCGACUAGAAAUUGGAGGUCCUAAGUUGAUAAAGUAUUUUGCCAAAGCAUUAUGGCAGAGUAUAAGUUUACUUUUAACCUUAUUUAUAACUGGAAGAUGUGAUUUUGUGAUGUGCCAGAAUCCACCUGCCAUACCAACUUUGCCAGUAUGCAAAUUUUAUUGUCUAAUUACAAAAACAAAAUUUAUUAUUGAUUGGCACAAUUAUGCUUACUCAAUUAUGGCAUUAUCUUUAAAAUCUGACAAUCCCCUGUUAAAAUUGUCUAGUAAAAUAGAAAUGUGGUUUGGCCAAGGUGCAGAGCACAACCUAUGCGUUACCUAUGCCUUAAAAGAGGAUCUUUUAGAGAAAUGGAAUAUAAUCGCAACUGUUUUGUAUGACAAGCCACCACGAAUGUUUCAUCCAAUCUCACAAGAAGAAAAACACAAUUGGUUUGUUAAAUUAGGAAAACAAUGUGGCGAAUUUACUGACUCAAAAGCUGUCAAUCCAAAGAUAAAGACAGCAUUUACAGAAGUAGUUGACGGUAAUGUGGCUAUGAGAAGUGACAGACCGGGUUUGUUGUUUAGCAGUACAAGCUGGACACCAGAUGAAGACUUCAGUAUAUUGAUGGAUGCCUUACAAGUUUAUGAAACAACCUAUAACCUGUCAAGAAAGAUGCCCAAAUUAGUUUGUGUGAUAACUGGCCAGGGUCCUAUGAAAGAGUAUUAUAGAAACCAGAUUGCAUUGCGUAAUUGGAAAAAUGUCACUGUCAUCACACCUUGGUUGGAAGCUGCUGAUUAUCCAAAAAUGGUAGCUAGUGCAGAAUUAGGUGUGUGCCUCCACACUAGCUCAUCAGGAUUAGAUCUACCAAUGAAGAUAGUUGAUAUGUUUGGUGCUGGACUCCCAGUUGCUGCUUAUCAAUUUAAAUGUUUAAGUGAACUCGUACAGGAUGGUAUAAAUGGAUAUACAUUUAAAAAUAGUGCUGAAUUAUCAAAACAUAUUGUAGGUUGGUUUGAAAAUUUCCCAAACAACAAAGAGCAAAUUAAAGUUGCUGACAAAAUGAGAAGAGAAUUGAUCAAGUUUCAAGAAUCGAGAUGGGAAGAUAACUGGAAUUUAAGAGCCAAGAAAUUUUUUGAAUUGUAAAUUUGUAAUAUAAAACAUUAGUUUUGUAACCUA